AUGCGGGUCUCUCUGGAAGACCUUCCGAUUGAGAUUCUCCAGGCAGUCGUGCUCGAUCUGCCAGAUACUGCGCUUGCCUCUUUUCUAGCUACAUCCCGCGCUAUUCGCGAUCGUUUGUUUGAUAAUCGCCAGUUUUGGCGGGCCAAACUGCUACAGAAAUUUGAUGCCCCUUUGUUUGAAGACACGACGAAAAAGAUUGACGAUAUAGAGGAGAAUGAGAAGGAGAGCGGAGAGAACGGUGACAAGGCGGUGGUGACAAAAACACUGACGGGCGAGGAGUCAUACGACUACCGGGGCACAUAUCAGAAUCGGGUGCGAGUUCUACGGCAGCGGCCGUUUAGGGUCACUGAUAUGGGAGUGAUUAUCGGGAUGGUGGCUGAGCACCGCCAGCGCAACUACAAGCUGCUCGAGGCGAGCGGACUGCUGAGCGAGUUCAUGUUCCACCAGCCACGGGAUGAGAGUGCACUCGACAAUGAGGAGCAGAUGGCGCAGUUUCAAUUGAUCAAGUCAAUACUGAUGCCGGCGGCGGGCUUCCCGGGCAUUGUCGCCAAUCCGCUGGAUCCGAUCUAUCGGAUUGUGUACAAUUCACCACGACAUCCUCUCUUUUCGCCAGAGACGGGGCUGCCGAACCUACAUGUUGUUGCUGCGAUAGUGACGUUCUGGCAGAUGAUGAAUAUGCAGAGCGCCCUGCGGCGGUAUCGCAAAGGAAUGGAUCCGAUAGAGACUCUGCACACUCUGCGUCCAUCUCCCGGUGGGUCAGUGUCGGUCGCGAACGAAUCGUUUUCUUCGCCCGGUGACGGAAGCGAGGACGAGAGCGAAGAUGGGCAAGCGAAGGACCCGUCGGAGAGGGAAGACGAUCCGAGGCUGUUUAUUGCGGCGUACGCGUUCUUCAACUACUGGGACUUUGAGCUGUUCCGCUCCGCGCCUCUGACGUCGGACACGCGCCGGUCGAUUAUUGGGGACAUUGUGGACUGGCACAUCGACUUGCCGGACGAGAUCAGCGGGCCGAUCUCGCUACGGGUAGAGGGCACGUCGCAUCAGCUUACGGGACUUACGGAGGAGCGACGGUGUGUAAUUGAGAUUGAGCCAAUCGAUGUGCCGGUUAUGGGCGUGCGUGGGUGGGCGCGGUUUUCGAUGCGACAUCUCGAAUUUGAGCUCGAGGGAGACUACUUUGAGGAGCAGCGGUGGAUACACAGGGCCGUGAUGCUUCCCGGCUCGAAGGCGGUCGUCGGCCGGUGGCACGACGGCUUCGACGAGGACACCGAGCGGUCUGUCGAGGGCCCCGCUGUCUGGAUCAGACAGUGA